GGACUGUUGUUUGGGGACUUUAGCCGAUGACAUAUUUGGCGGGAAAAAGGAAAGGAGAGAGAGAGCAUGAGCUCGUCGGCGACGGGGGUAGAGCCCGAAGCCCCUGAUCUGGUGUGCCAGCUGGACAACGUCCAGGGCAUGGUCGAUGCCCUCACCGCCGUCCGAUGGAAACGCCUCCAGGACGCAAUCGUGGAAUUGUCAGAACACGGCGUCGUAUUCAUUGUGGAGGAAACCGGCUGUCUUCAGGCCAAAGUCUAUCUUCAGCGCGAGCUUUUCAUUCGUUACGAGUACGGCGCGCAAGGGCGGCCCCGGUUUGGUGUGAGCUUGGGCCUCUUGGUGGAUUGCUUGAACACAUUUUCGGUUCCGGGUCGUUCUACCAUGAUUGAAAUUCGAUAUCCCGGACCUGAUAUGCAGCUCCUUCUCAAGUCUGUUGAUUCCCUGGAUGCUUGCAUUUAUGCGGAGAUCAGGACAAGAAUCCCUGACACAAUUUCAUGGGACUACAAUUUUGAACCUGCUGGAAGCACGCCACUCAGUUUUACUGUUAAGUCCGCUGCGUUGAAGGAAGCUAUUGAUGAUCUUGAAUGGCCUGGAUCAAGCAUUCAGAUCAUGCUACAACCAGUUCCUCCUUCUGUCACCUUUAAAGGUGAAGGCCAUGGAGACUUGCAGAUAGACUUCAUGUAUUAUGUGAAUACUGAUCUCUUGACCGCAUUUAGCUGUGAUCGUCAAGUUUCUUAUAGGUACAAAUACAAGUUCCUUCGAGCAACAACUUCAAAUAUACCCAGCAGCGUUAUUAAAGAUAACAGAGGAAGCAAGGUGACUAUGGGGCGAGGUGGAAUGCUGAAAGUUCAGCACCUGGUUUCAGUUGCAAGAACAUCCGUUUCUCACCCACACAUUGAUUCUGCUGGCUAUCAGCAACCCAGCCGAAUUGCUUACAUCGAGUUCUUUGUGAAACCUGAGGAAGAUGAAGACACUGUAAAUGAUUGACAUUUGCUAUUUAUGGCAACUUGUUGCACAUUGUUCCUUGUCAAUGAAUCUCACGGUCUCCCAGCAUUCCCCUUUUAUGCUACUUUUGUAUAUACUUUUCAUGCAUGAUUAGGGAACAAGGACAUCUUUAUCAUAGUUCAUAAUGCUUGUUCUAAUUCCAUAUUUCAGUUUCGUGUUGAAUUCUCGUUCCAUACUUGAUAUUUUUUAGUAUAUUUGGUUUUCUC